GCGCGUAACGAAAAUGUUUCAAAUGUCCUCUACUCAACGAAUCAUCACCAUGAGCUGGAUGUAUGUCUUUCUACCCAUCGUCUGGGGUGCUGUUGUGUCCUCUUACACAGUAGUGGAGCGGACCGUGAGACCAGGAGAAAACGUUAGUCUACAGUGUGACUGUAAACUCUCAUCUGGUGAAACUAUUGUUUGGUUCAGGAACUGUUCUCAUGAAAAUCAGCCAACACUUACUCUGAAAUGGAAGAACAGAGAUCAUGGCACUUUUGAUUAUGUAGAGAAUGAAAGACAUUUCUCCCAUUUAAAUAUGAAGUGGAACGAUUCGUCAAAAUUAUACACUUUACUGAUUAAAAACAUUACUGAUUCUCACCUUGGUCUCUACUACUGUGGAAGUGAAAAAACGAUUGUGAUAGAUGGAGACAAGAUUGUUCAAAAAUAUAUCAGCAGAUAUGGAAAUCUGACCACAAGGAUUUCAUUUGUUGUUGGAGACUCUGCUGCUCCAGACUGUGGAGAGUGCUGGAUGCUGCUGGUCAUCCUGUGUCCAUCCUCUGCUCUUCUCCUCUCCCUCCUCUCAUCCUUGGUCGUCUACCUCCGCUGCAGAAGGAAAGAUGAAGACCUCCAUGUUGCUCAGGGUACACCCAACAGUAGAGAUGUAACAUCAAUCAGGAACCAGGAUGAAGAUGGCUUGUGUUACGCAACACUGGAUAUCCCUCUACGUUCUCAGAGACCUAAAAAGAAGAGAGUCCAACCCUCAGAGUUCAGCACCUACUCAGCCAUCAAUACUAAGAGGAUGUGACCAUGACCAAGUCUUUUAAUGCAAACACAUGGACUCUACUUCUUUAAUAUGACCUAAUCUUUGUGCUGUCUAGAGGAGGAAGAACAUCAAUUUCCACUUCAGUCUCAAGAUAAUGCAAACAUUUAAGAAAGUAAAGCCGAUAUUAUGUUUGUGGGAAAUGGACAAAGGCCUCUGUAUGUGUAUCAGGUCGUAAAAUUGAACUUGCUCUGGCCCAUGUCAACAUAGCUUUCUUCUCUUCACUGGCAGGGCUCUUGGGAUCGCUGGGAAGCUCUUGUGUGGUGCGAGAAUAAUCACUGGGUCUUUCCUUCCUAAAACAAAAUGAACUGCACUCUGACCGUGAUUGUAUGACAGGCUAGAAUUGCAUGGUUUCCUUUUCAUAAUUGAUAUUUGACGUAUCCUCCUUUUCGUUGUUGGUUGCCUGGAAAGGCGUGGCAAUGACGACACCCAUCACCUUUAUGAAAAAUGUAUUUUCAACCAGAAGUGGUGGCAGCAGACACACAGAAAAGGCAGAGCGCUCUGAAAAAAAGUGUUGGGUGCAGCGUGUUUUCUCUGGGCUGCCGCAUGCGUUCUCAUAGGCCCUCUCCUUAUGGGCAACAAUCUAAAAAUAAACUGACUCUAACACGCUAUGUGGACACGGCCCUUGUUUCUUUUGCUUUGAUCCGGUUAGUUAAAGGGAUCCUGUCAAUAAUGUUGUCAGACACAUAAUGAUGUUUGCCCGUAUAUUUCCCUCAGACCCUGAUGCAGACACAGAUUCAACCUCCUCUUCGUUGUUUGUGUGUGUGUGUGUGUGUGUGUGUGUGUGUGUGUGUGUGUGUGUGUGUGUGUGUGUGUGUGUGUGUGUGUUUGUGCUUGGGUGCCUUUGAUAAGACAUGGUUGGUGUGUAAGCUGUAGGCUAUCUUGAAGGACCUGCUGACCCAUGAUGCUUGCUGUGAUUCUGUUUUAUUUACCAGACAACCCAUAACAUAACCGUUUUUCUCAUGUUGGCACAUAUCUUCAUUGAUGUGUUAGUGUUUGAAGAGAUAAAAUCCUGUCUUCAUGCUCAAUAAAGGGCAACAAAACCCCCAAA